AACACACUCGCUUUGCUUGAAUCGUACAUGUUUUCAUUUUUUUCAACCUUAUUUGAAAUAUAUUUAUUUUAAUAUAAAACCCGGCAUUUUUUUGUAUUGGAGCACCACCUGCUACCCCGCCCUCUUUCUUUGUCUUUCUAUCUCAGCGCGGAAGAAGAAGAGGAGGAGAAGGAGGAAGAGAGGGGUGUACCUGACACCUCCAGCCGCACAUCGCUCGUCCUUUCCCGCAGACACGCUCCGGGCUUGUCCCCCUGCAGUAGUUACACCUUGUUGAUUGGACGGCCGAACAGCACCUAAAGGAGUGCUUUUUAGCGAAGACGUUUUAUUUUCUCACGGAAUCCAUCGGACUACACUUGAGAUAAUGUUUGUUCUUGGGCUUUCUCUCCUGGUGGCCAUGACCGGAGCAGCGGGCCCGGCAACGGACAAGAGUUGCUCCGACCUGCGCCAGUUCUAUACCGGGAAGGGCUUCACGCUGGCCGGCGUUCCUCAGACAGAGACCUCUGGUGAACACCUGAGGACGUGUCCACAGGGUCCGACUUGUUGCACCGACACCAUGGAGGAAAACAUGGAGGGUCUUAGUGGACGAGAGACAGAAGCACUGAUCAGGGAGGCCGGCAGAUCGUUGCAGGCAUCCUUCAACACUCUCUAUAGAAGCUUUGACACGUAUUUUACGGAACUUCACAGCCGCUCGGAACGCUCACUUCAGGAGGCUCUAUCUCCCCUUGGCCCUCUGUACUCUCAGAAUACAAGACUCUAUGGGGAUUUGUACUCUGACUUGAGGCAGUACUACCGGGGAUCUGCUCUCAACUUAGAUGAGACGUUGACCGAAUUUUGGUCACACCUUCUGGAGCGCACCUUCAAAAGCUCCACCCCCAGAGACGUCACCCUGUCAGAAGACUACCUUGAGUGUGUUGCUAAGCAACAUGAGACUCUGCGGCCAUUUGGAGAUGUCCCACGGGACAUGAAAGCAAAGCUUACACAGGCUUUUGUCACAGCCAGGUCAUUUGUCCAGGGGCUGAUCAUCAGUGGGGAAGUCGUCAGAAAGGUCUCACAGGUUUCUCUGAGUCCAGAAUGUGUGAAGGCCUUGAUGAAACUGGUUUACUGUCCCCAUUGCCGCGGCCUUGCCUCUGUCAAACCAUGUGCCAACUACUGCUCCAACGUCAUGAAGGGCUGCCUGGCUAACCAAGCUGAUCUGCAUCCUGAAUGGCAAAAUCUUAUUGAUACCAUGAUCCGGGUGGCGUCCAGUUUCAGCACAGAGCCCAGCCUCGAUGUGGUUCUCUCUGCCGUUCCUGCUCAAAUCUUUGAGGCUGUCCACACACUACAGGAAAACUUUGACACAUACACAGCCAAAGUGUACCAAACAUGUGGAACUCCAGGCGAACCCGGCACAGGGAGUCCUCCGCUUCACCAGCCAAAGAAAAAGAAGAGCGGCUCUCUGACCGCCUCAGAAUACAAACCCUCUCCCACUGCAGGUCUCAGACUGGAGAUGCAGGUGUCAGAUCUCUCCAGUAAAUUAAGGGAGAUGAGGCAGUACUGGCUGCAACUUCCUGCAGCACUUUGCAGUAAAUUGGCAGCAGGCGGCGCCAAUCAAGACAAAUGCUGGAAUGGAAUGACCAAGGCAAGGUACCUUCCUGAAGUGAUGGGUGAUGGCUUAGCCAGCCAGAUCAACAAUCCAGAGGUAGAACUUGACAUCACCAAGCCAGAUAUGACAAUCCGUCAACAGAUCAUGCAACUCAAAAUUAUGAGCAACAGACUAAAAAAUGCUUUGGAAGGCAACGAUGUGGAUUUCCAGGAUGCAAGUGAUGACAUCAGCGGUUCAGGAAGUGGUAUGUGCCUCAGUGGUCAGUGUCCUCGGAGCAGACCAGGCCUGUACGCCUACCCCCCAGACAACAACCAAGUCAUUGGUGCAGCCGGGUGCCAAAGCCUCCUGUGUAACCGCCUACCGCUGCUCCCGUUGGCUGUCCUGCUCCUUUGUCGAUGACGCGCUAUCUAUCGCACCGUCUGCCCGACCCUGAAGUCCAGAGAAUGACUGGACCGUGGGAUGGGUGAAUUGUGUUCAGUGGAAUGAAGUUGGAUUUCCCGAAAAAGCAAAAACUGGCUCCUGAUUUUUCCCUGUUUGACUACAGUUUGAUGGCCUCUUUUUUGUUGAGCUGCUUUCAAGGAAUUUCCCGGAAGCAACUCAUGAGGAGAACAAGACAAAACGGAGACAGGGAAGAGAGACAGCGGAAGGAUGAAGAAUGGAAUGUGGGUGAUGACUUAUUGACUUCUUACAAGGUCCACUGUGCUCCUGUCAGUAGUGACUGAGCUCAAUGCUGAGUUGGCCCUUUGCUGUACGUGAUGCGUCCAUCAAGGCUUUUUCAUUUCAGUGUAUUUUUUUUUAAUCUGGUGUCAAGGGUGUGUACCUGAACACAAUUGUGUAAGAUGUAAAUGUGUGUGUGUCUUACCGCCACUGUAUAGUGUGUUUGCAUACAUUGACUAUAUCAGACUGGCAACAUAACGAGCCAUGGAUGUACAUAGAGUUUUCAUCAUAUUACCUCCCCACAUAACUUGUGACGUAACUGUCGAGAUUUUGUGGCUGAACAACAGGUUUAUUUGUAUUGCUGCAGAAAAAUAAUCACUCUUCGUAAAUGUAUGCCAUGUGUGGACGGCGAUAUUUACAGUUCAUCCAAGGAUUUCAGCUUUUAACACACUUAUAAACAGAGCACAGACUAGUGUCUUUGCAUCCAUGAGUUUUAUCUUAUUAUGGUGGCAUGCCAAACUUUAGAUGAUUAGUCUUCUGAUUGACCCACUGAGACCGUAUCACGACACGCUCAAUAUAAACUCAAAGGGAUUCAUUUGUGUAUGACCUCUUACUUUUUCAACAACUCUUGACAAAAUAUGAUACCCUAUUGUGAAGAUUUGUCGCAGCAAAUACACCUAAUCAGAGCCUCCUAGUUUCAUAAAUAAAUUCCAAUUAACAUUUGGAGGUACACUAUAUUGCCAAAUGUAUUUGGGCACCCUCCUUGACUCACAUAUGAACUUGAAGUGGCAUCCCAUUCCUAACACAUAGGGUUCAAUAUGAUGUUGGUCCACCUUUUGCAGCUAUUACAGCUUCAACUCUUCUGGGAAGGGUGUCCACAAGGUUGCGGUUUAUGGGAAUUGUUGACCAUUCUCCCAAAAGCACAUUGGUGAGAUCUGAGGGCCAGGCUCUCAGUCUCCGUUCUAAUUCAUCCCAAAGGUGUUCUAUCGGGUUCAGGUCAGGACUCUGUGCAGGCCAGUCAAGUUCAUCCACACCAGACUUUGUCAUCCAUUUCUUUAUGAACCUUGAUUUGUGCACAGUCAUGUUGGAAGAGGAAGGGGCCCGCUCCAAAUUGUUCCUACAAUGUUGGGAGCAUGAAGUAGUCCAAAAUGUUUUAAUAUCCUAGAGCAUUCAAAGUUAAAGUUGGAGCCCAACUCCUGAAAAACAACCCCAAACCAUAAUUUCUCCCCCACCAAAUUUCACACUCUGUACAAUGCAAUCCGAAAUGUACCGUUCUCCUGGCAACCUCCAAACCCAGACUCAUCCAUCAGAUUGCCAGAUGGAAAAGCAUGAUUCAUUACUUCAGAGAACAAAUACUUUUGGCAAUAUAGUGUAUGUUUGCCAUGACUCAGCAAGCAAGAAUUGACAAAGUGUAAGUUGUACUGUACAUGAUCAAGUAAAAACAAACCAAUAAGAGCAUGCAAACUCCACUUAAAGAAGCCUCAGCCUAGAUUUGAACCCAGGACCUGCUGGGUGUUAUGCAGACUUGUUAACCAUGUGCUUCUAUUUGGUUUUAAAUACGACAAUACAAUGGUAUCUCAAUGUAAAUGUUUUGAGUAAGAAGUAUGCUUAAGUUGCAAGCAAAAAGUUUGAGUUUCAAGCAUUCCCUGCAUUAAUUAGUGCACAGUGCCGAGAAGAAGUGGAAGAUACUUAUUGAAUUAAAUAUAGAAAAUCAUUAAAAACAUGACCAAGCUUGAAGCCAAUUUGGCAAAGCCAUUCGAGUGUAGCACUGCUGGUCUGCACCAUGCUGAAGCAGGAAUGAGUCCAUCACCAGCCAUGAUUUUUAAAAUGAUAUCUAAAUGACAUAUUUAGAUAUGCCAUUUUUUCAUAUCCAUUAUAUGUGAAAAAAACUGCUGAUGGUGUGUUCGACAAGGAAGAAGUACACACAAGUGUGCUGUUUUGGGACAGCCAAUCACCAAUCAAAUUGAUUUAAAUCAUUUUAAAUGGGAGAUUCUUAUUUAAGAUCUACUGUAAGUGUUUUCGGUUAAGCGCUCUGUCACAGAAUCAAUUAGACUCUUAAGCUGAGAUACUAGUGUACACAGAAAAUAGAACUGUAAAAAAAAAUAGCUGGACUUCCUUUAUUCUGCAGAAUGUUGACUUUUUAAAGGCACAUAAUACAGUAUCACCUGUACUUGGCUUGCCUUUAUUUGGAUCUGUAACAGUCAAUACUGCAGAUCCCCCCCAUCCAUCGUACACAUAAAGUUAAAGUGACUUGUGUAUGCAAUUGUUAUUUUAUUGUUUUUCUGUGUUCCAAAUGACAAAUCCAACACAUUAAACUCCGAUUGUAUAAUGUUGA